GCAUAAAACCUAAGCAACCCUUCAAGCUCCAAACCCCUCUCUCUUUCUCUCUCUCUAACCAAGCAUGAAGAAUCUCUGCCGCCGAAAAGGCACAGUCCACCCCUCCCCACCGCUCAUCUCCGACCACCUCGCCUUCCUACCAGCCACCAUCUUAACUCUCACGGCGGCGCUCUCGCUGGAAGACAGAGAAGUCUUGGCCUACCUCAUUUCCUGCUCCUCCACAGGCAGCUUCUCCGGCCACCAGAAAACUAACACCCACAAGAAACUACUCACCACUUCCACUAGCAGUGGGGACCACCCGCCUUCCUUCACCUGCAACUGUUUCAGGUGUUACACGAGUUACUGGGUCAGGUGGGACUCGUCCCCGAGUCGCCAGACGAUCCACGAGAUCAUCGAUGCUUUCGAAGAGGAGCAGCUGGGGGGCCAGAGCAAGAGAGAGAAGAGUAGGAGAGAGAGAAGGAAGAGGGGUUCGAAGAGGUUGGGUGAGUCUUUGAAAGGGACUGACUCUGUGGCGGGUUUGAACUAUAAGGAUGAGUUGGGCGAGUCGGAAUCGGUGGAAGAGAAUAUUAUUAGUGUCUGUGGGGGAGAAGAUUGUGCUGAGGGAGAGGAAGAGGCUGAGAAGGGGUCAGUGAGGAAGUUUGUGAGCUUUGUUGGGGAGAGAUUUUGGAGCACUGUUUGGAGUUGAUGAAUUUGAGAACAUACACAUAGAUCAUGAAUUCGAAAUGACGUUUUCGUGUACAUCAAUCCUUCUUCAGACUUUACAUGUGCGGAGCUUCGUGAACUGGGUACGCUCUUUUUUACGAGGUCGAAUGAAAAAUAUGUAGCUGAGAUCAGAAAUCUAUCUCCAAACGAACAUGAAUGACCAAAUUAUAAAAGGGAAAAUAUGGAGGAGGAAGGUUUUGUCUACUUCUCUAGAAAUGCCUUUUUUCUUUUGUGUAUUAAUCUCUUAAUUUUCUUUCCUUUUUUGCGCUUGUAUAUAUGGUAUGAUCCUCUCAUAAGAUAAAA